AUGCAACUAUACAAUGUCUUCACCUACGCCAUUGUUCGUGAUCAGCUUGUCGCCAAUACCGUGUUAGUGAUCCUAGCUACUCUCAUGGUCAUUCUUCGAGGUGUUUCACGGAAGAUUCGACAGAGUGCAAUUGGCUGGGAUGAUGCAUGCUGUCUCGGCGGGCUGCUGCAUACAUAUGGUAUGCUGGCAAUGCAAUAUCACUACGCACGAGUAGGGAUGCGGAACCAUGUCAUGGACAUUUCUCCGGAUAACACGGUAUUGAUUGCCAAGAUGCUCAUCAUCUAUCAAAUUGUUUAUUACAACGCCAUGGUUCUUGCGAAGUUCUCAUAUCUUUUCUUCUACUUGAGAAUCUUCGUGAGCAAAGAGUUUCGGAUCCUGACAUGGAUCUGCAUGGGUUGUGCAGGGGCAUAUUGGACUGGUAGUGUUCUCCAGGUUUUCCUGAUAUGCACACCUUUCAAAAAGAAUUGGAAUCCAUUACUUCCCGGUCACUGUGCGAGCCAAAAUGUGGCCUUCUCGACAAUUGGUGCAUUCAAUCUUGUCACAGAUGUCAUGAUUAUGGCCCUGCCUAUGCGGUUCAUCUGGAAAUUGCAGAUGUCUACUGGGACCAAAGUGGCUUUGUAUGGAAUCUUUGGUUUGGGUAUCUUCAUCUCUUCGAUCACGAUAAUACGCAUUCGCGUCCUUACGACAGUUGAUUUCAACGACCUUCCCUACUCCAUGAUCUGGGCGGCCUUUUGGAGUGUGACCGAGCCCGCUCUGGCUAUUGCAAACGCCUGCGCACCUAUGCUCCGGCCCAUCCUCAAGGCCGCCUUUCCGGCUCUGUUUGCCAGUGCUAAAGCCGGAUAUACAACUCAGCCGGCGAGUGGGCCGAUCUUGAGCAAGAACAGUUCGUCGAAACGAACUUUUGGCAUGGACGAGAUGGACAGUGAGUUUCCUCUCACAAGAUUAGACCAAGAGCCCGGGUUUGCAGAUCAAAGGUCAAUGAACGACCAUUCAGAGAGAACAGCGUCCGGCCUGGGGCCCCCUCGCCCCCUGGGGUCAUCCGGUCAUAGCUUCUAA